AUGAAGGAAUGGCUCGACCGUGCACGGCACAGGUGCAAAGAAGGAAAGGCUGGGGAGGUGAGAGAGGAAGAUCUAGGUGAGGAAGAAGAGUUUCGAAGAGGAGACAGGGAGGGGAAAGAGGGCGGCGCCAAUUUGGUUCCGACCAAUCAGGUCUCCACAAGGAGGAAGGUUCUUAUUUGCUCUUGCAUGAGUAAAGUCGAACUAGUCACUAAUCGUUGCUUUUUCCAUUGUUCGACGACCCCCUCUGAUUGCCUGCGUCGGAGCGUUCCUGACCCCCCUGCAUCCUCACCGCGGCCGACCCAUGGAACGUCAUCGGGCGGGUACCUGACUGGACAGCAAGCGUCCGGGGGUAACCUUGCGGUGGUUGUUCCUGCAGCGGUGCGGAUACCUGCAGUUGAUCGUCUUUUCUCUCGACAGAAUCGCCCUCGACAAUCCGGUUCUGUGAUGGGCCAUGUCGGCCAACCGUCUGGCAGCGGCCAGACCGCGCCUUUAGGGCAGCACUACAAAGAUGCAGAAUCUGUAGACGAGCUACAUAGAAGGGAGGUUUCUACUGCUUGGCAAAUUGGCAUAUCCCCCUUUCGAAGGGAUUCCCUUUCCUUCUACCCAGCCCUUUCCCGGGGGUGGGAUAUUUUUGUGCCGUCUGACGUUUGGGAGUUGCGUGGCGUCAAAGCCACCAUUAUCACUGUCGGGCGGAGAAAGGGCUGUAGGCAGCGACCACCGACGAGAGCCGGGCCUUUAUUCGCUGAUUUGUGUUUGUUUCAGCAGAGCAAUGGCGCCCCUCACUGGCUGAUGGGGAUGGUGAUGCGUCCCGGCCGUAAAGCGUCUCAGCAGGGAACUAAUGACGGUGGCGCAACGGCAUCAGACUCCACCGAUCGAUCAGGUUGA